AAUCCUCUCUCACUCUCGCGGGAAGCUAUCGCCACCGGUCUAAAAUGGCUCUCUCUGCUUCUUCGUUAAUCACCAGCAAAACCUUCUCUACGCCGCGGCAAUACUCUCCCCGCCACCCUCUUCUCCUCCCCGCCGCCGCCACCACCCGCCGAUUCGUUGUUGUGGCCAAUUCCGCCGAACCUGCCAAGUCGCCGGCCCCUUCCAAGGCCGCUCCGGUGCCAAUUUCGACCCGAUGGGCGCUCGAUAGUUGGAAGACCAAGAAGGCCCUGCAGCUUCCUGAGUACCCUGAUCAGAAUGAGCUCGAUCUGGUUCUCCAAACCAUUGAAUCUUUCCCUCCCAUUGUGUUCGCCGGAGAGGCCAGAGCGCUCGAGGAUAAAUUAGGUCAGGCCGCCGUGGGCAAGGCCUUUCUGCUUCAGGGCGGGGACUGCGCUGAGAGCUUUAAGGAAUUUAAUGCCAAUAACAUUCGUGACACUUUCCGUGUUAUUCUUCAGAUGGGUGUCGUCCUGAUGUUUGGUGGCCAAAUGCCUGUUAUAAAGGUGGGAAGAAUGGCGGGUCAGUUUGCGAAGCCAAGAUCAGACCCUUUUGAGGAGAGGGACGGAGUGAAGCUGCCAAGUUACAGGGGUGACAAUGUGAAUGGGGACGCAUUUGAUGCAGCAUCAAGAAUACCUGAUCCUCAGAGGUUGAUAAGAGCCUACUGUCAAUCAGUGGCUACUUUGAACCUUCUGCGUGCGUUUGCCACAGGAGGGUAUGCUGCCAUGCAAAGGGUCAAUCAGUGGAAUCUCGAUUUCAUGGAGCACAGUGAGCAGGGUGAUAGGUACCGUGAAUUGGCUCACCGAGUCGAUGAGGCCCUUGGAUUUAUGAGUGUUGCUGGACUUACAGCUGAUCAUCCAAUCAUGACCACAACAGAGUUUUGGACCUCUCAUGAGUGCUUGCAUCUCGCUUAUGAGCAAGCACUUACUAGAGAAGAUUCUACCACUGGGCUUUUCUAUGACUGCUCUGCUCACAUGCUAUGGGUAGGAGAACGUACCCGUCAACUUGAUGGUGCUCAUGUUGAAUUCUUGAGAGGAGUUGCUAAUCCACUUGGAAUCAAGGUGAGCGAUAAAAUGGAUCCAGAUCAACUUGUUAGGCUGAUAGAUAUAUUGAACCCAAGAAACAAGCCUGGAAGAAUUACUGUGAUAGUUAGAAUGGGAGCUGAGAAUAUGAGAGUGAAGCUUCCUCAUCUAAUCAAGGCUGUUCGCGGAGCAGGUCAAAUUGUCACUUGGGUCAGUGAUCCCAUGCAUGGAAAUACCAUCAAAGCUCCAUCUGGACUGAAAACUCGCUCUUUCGAUGCGAUAAGGGCUGAGGUGAGAGCAUUCUUUGAUGUGCAUGAUCAAGAAGGGAGCUACCCAGGAGGAGUUCAUUUAGAAAUGACGGGGCAGAAUGUGACCGAAUGCGUAGGAGGCUCACGAACUAUUACUUAUGACGACUUGAGCUCACGUUAUCACACUCAUUGUGAUCCAAGAUUGAAUGCUUCUCAGUCUCUUGAACUGGCAUUUAUCAUCGCGGAGAGGCUACGCAAGAGAAGGAUGAGCUCAAAUCAAACCCUGCUUUCAUUCUGAGCCCAGAGGAGGAAGGAGCCUCUGCUUUGUUCUUGGAUCAAAGCACAGGUACUGGUGUGUGAGUGUUGGCUGCUGAAAUGAGUGCCGUAAGAUCUGUAAGUAUUAGCAAUAUUUGGAUUGAUCUAUCUAUGAGAGUAUUACAGGGGAACCUAAACCAGUCCACACAGUAGUGAGUUUGCAUCGGACAAUAAUUGCAGAAUUUUGUACUAAGGUUGUAUUAGUAUUAUUAUGUAUAUCUUAGUUUGUGGGAUCUGGUAUGAGAGGCAGUUGAGUGACAUCUUAUGUAUGAGCAGAUUGAUAUUUAUAUUCAGAUGUUCAAUGAAA